AUGGCAGACAAAUACCUCCUCCGCGUAACCGCCGGUCCCACCUACGACAUAUCCACCCACGUCGAAGUCCCCGUCAACUCCCCCGGCCCUUCAUCAUCAUCAUCGGCACCAGAGACGGGAUCAGUACGAAUAACAAGCAACUUAAUCGAAGCAGACCUGUGUGUGCGCAUAAACAAGUACCGGGGCUUACCGCGCGGGGCAUCGAGUAGUUCGGUCUAUUUUGAGACGGAACCGCAUAAGAGUAAUGGGGAUCAGUAUUCGAUUGCUGUGCGGUUUACGUUGUUGGAGCCGAAUACAGAGUUGGCUGCUCCUGGUGUAAAGGAGGGGGGUGGUGUAAAAGAGGGGGGCCUGGCUGGUGGGAAGGAGGCUGAAGACGGAGCUGAAGAUGGAGAAGCCAAAGCAGGUAAUGAAGAGGCAGAAGAGAAAAGAAAAGGCAUCCCCGGCCCCGACCUCCAAUGGGGCAACGACUUCGACCACCCGAUCCGCUCGCGUCUCCCCCCCGGCUUCAACACCGCCCUCAACAUCGUCAAAUGGUGGAUCGACCCCGGUCUCGACGGCAAUCCCUACGCCGACCACCCCUACCUCUACGGCCCCGCGCUCAGUUCCUUCAAUACCAUCCAUGUCGGCCCCGGGGAGGAUGACCCGGCCAGGGGGGGGCUGUGGUUUGAGGAGGGGGGGGAUGAGGAAGGGAUGGCGUGGAGGGAGAAGGUGGGUGCUCCGGGAGAGGGGAAGGCGAGGAUGAAGUGGGCGUUGAAGGAGGGGAGUAAGGAGGGGUGGACGUGGGAGUUUGGACGGGUGUAUGGGGUGGAUUUUUUUAAUCCGUAUGUGGACUUUGGGGAGUUGGCGUUGAGGUUGCCGGGGUUUAAUUUGCCGGUUAUCAAGUAUUGGGAUGGGCAGGGUUUGAGAACCCCCCCCAAACGCUCACACCAGCUCAGAUACGUCCUCCGCCACCGAACCACAGGCCAAGUCUACCUCGUCGUGCUCUUCACGCUGCACCUAGCCGAGGACAUCAACGAGGACGGGACGCUCAAGCCAGCCGCGCUGGAAGCUUUGGCGCAGUCGUCUGGCGGUCAGGGGAUGCUAGAGGGGGAAAAGGGGCUGCUACCUGUCAGACGGGGAGGGGAUGAGUCGGAGGUGGAUUUGGAGCCGGAUGAGGAGGAUUUUGAUGAGGAGCAGGCGUUGGGGGAGGCUAGGAGGAAGUUGUCUGGGAUGGAUGUUGCGGGGGGCGUUGAGACGAGGGAGGAUGAUGUGGAUUGA